AUGGCAGAUUCAAGCACAGUCUCCAUGAACAACAAUGAAUUGGAAAAGUUAUUGAGAAUGCGGGCUGAGCGCAACCAACGUACUCCCAAGUGUGCACGAUGCAGAAAUCAUGGAGCUGUCAGUGCACUAAAAGGUAAGUUUUUAAAUUUUUUUUUGUAAAAUACGGUAUUCGAAACAUACUUAACUAUUAAAAAUUGAAAAAAAGGUUCACAAUAGCAUACUUACCUAAAGUUAAAACAACAUAUUCGAGCUCCCUAACCUUAAAAACUUUUUUUAAAAAGAGCUCAGAAUUAUUUGAACAACUUCAAAAUUUUGUUUUUAAAGAUGGUUGCUAUACAAAAAUGCAAAUGUCCAAACUUUUAGGCCACAAACGCUUCUGUCAAUGGAAAGACUGUAUGUGUGUGAAGUGCACACUGAUAGCAGAACGUCAACGAGUGAUGGCAGCUCAAGUGGCGCUUCGAAGGCAGCAAAGUCAAGAAGAGAAGGAAGUCAAGGAUCUUGAGCGACUAUUAGGACCAGAAGCUUCAAAACUUCUCACCGUGAUUCGACAACGUGAGACUGAGCCGGUUGACCUUCAGGGGGUUACGGUAGACGAUUGUGAGUUUGUUUUUUUGAAAUUUUUAUUAUGCUGUUCACAUAAUUCUGUGCCUAUUUCAAAAAAAAUUAUUAGAGUUAAGAGGCGCAGAAUUAUUUGAACAAAUUGGUAAAUUACAAAAUUCAACUUUUCAAAAAUUUAAAAUUUUGAAACUUUUUUAAACUUUAAAUUUAAUGAAAUUUUAAGCCAGUUUCAAUCAGUUUUUAACAAUUUUUGAUACCUAAAACUCUAUAUUUUCCUCUCGUUUGACCCACCGUGAUGAGUAACAUCGGAAACUUUAUAUAGUGUGCAUUGAGCAAUCUCUCAGCCGGCCCUUGUCCAAAGUGUUUUGUCACAAUAUUGAAUUACCGGCUACAGUAAACCCGCGUUUAAUUCGCAGCUGCAUGAGAGGCGAAAAGAGAAAGUUAAUCUUCUUGACCUGUUGUAUAAUAUUGGUCCAAAUGCUCAUUAAAGGAUUGCACAACAAAUUUAUAAGCAUAUAAUUAAGGAUUUAAAGAAAAAUUUAAGUUUUGAAAACAAGUCACAGUUUUUAAAGUUCAGUUUUUUAAAAUUAGGACUUUAAGGUUUAUUAUAUACUGUAGAACUGAUGUAUAACAAACGUAUAUUAUUUAAAAAAGGCUAUACAGAGAAAACGACUGGUAAAAUUUUGUAACGGAACUUUUGACGCGCCUUUUAUUUACUUAGUAAACUGUAUUUUUUCAGCCAAAACAGAACUAAAAUUGACAGACGAAGAAGAAGAACAAAAGCAGUCGCCACCACCGCCCAAGAAGACGAAACUUUCGGUGGAAGAAGUAAAACCAGCCAAUGUUCUUGACCUUACAACUACACCCAUUCCAGUAACUUUUCAAUCCUUCACUCCUCCACCCUUUUACAAUCAAUUUCUCUACAAUUCUCUGAUGAGAAAUGGCCAAAACGGCUUUAAUUUCUUUCCUAUGCAGUAA